AUCUUGAAUAUGAUUCUACAGUACUUUAGACUUUCAAGGAAAGAACCUGCUCUGAUCAAAAUUGGAGGGUUUCUUUAUUAAAGGGAUGAUAGUGCUGAAGAAUAAGUUCUUGAUCAACAUAGUGGAUGAAUAUAACCGUAGUCAACGCUUACAAAGAAUCAAAACUAGAAACUUUUUGGCUUCCUCUUAAAUAGUUGCAACAACAAAGCUAUAUUUCAAAGUUUAUAAAGAUCCAAAUUCAAAGAUAGAUAUGGUUCUUGAUUUUGAGGUCACAGGAAAAAAAAAAUUGCUAGGACAACAGGGCUGAUGAUGGUUUACCUAGAGAUGGUCUCGAUGACCAAGCCUUACUGGAAGAGACAUAAGACAUGUGUCUCAAAGCAAUUAAAUAUUCCUAAAGGAAGAGAUAGAUAUGGUUCUUUAAUGUCAAUAGUCAACUUGUUAAUGAAUAGAAAAUACAACGGAGACUUUCCACAUGGUUUUACAUCGAUGCAUGUCACGUCUUCUAAGAUCCUAUAUCAGUUUUGUCGAUCAUUGUUCAUCAUCUUCUUCAUUCUUCCGGAGACCUGACAGAGAUGGUGAGUUUCAUCAGCGCGUGGUGUUUAGUGAUCAUCUCAUUGUGUUACACUCAUGUCGUUGCCCGAUUGGUUUCAAAAGGGAUGAGAAGGAUGAUACUAUUCAUACCAGUCUUCCUCUAUUUCUUCGUAGUUCCUUUAUCACUGUCCACCAUACAUUCAAUAGGCAUCACGGCUUUCUUCAUCUCCUGGCUCGCUAACUUCAAGCUCUUUCUCUUUGCUUUAGGACGAGGUCCUCUUGCUUCAGACACUAAACCCUUACUAUCUCUCCCUAUUUUCUUAGCUGUCUCUUGCUUGCCCAUCAAGACUCCUCUGAGCCCUAAACCUACCACAUCUUACUCAUCUAGAGAGGGUCUCUUGUAUUAUACCAUCAUGGUUACUCUUUUGGUUCUUAUGACAAAAGUCUACGCGUAUAACAACAAACUCCCUGACAAAGCCGUAUUGACACUCUACGCGAUUCACAUCUAUCUCUCCCUCGAGCUCAUCCUAUCUGCCACAGCCACCAUGGUUCGAGCUAUGUCAAGUCUUGAGCUAGAGCCACAGUUCAACAAACCCUACCUGGCUACAUCACUUCAAGAGUUUUGGGGCAGACGAUGGAACCUGGCUGUCAGCGGAAUUCUAAGGCCUACUGUCUACGAACCGAUGGUUCAGCUGUUCUCUGUCUUGGGCCCGAACUGGUCGCAGGCCCCAGCUGUUUUCGCCACGUUUGUUGUCUCAGGUUUGAUGCAUGAGCUCAUCUUCUUCUACCUGGGAGGGUUGAUGCCGGAUUGGAAAGUAAUGUGGUUCUUUCUUGUACACGGGCUAUGCACUACUGUGGAGAUAGCCGUCAAGAAAAAAGUCAACGGAAGGUGGAGGUUUAUUCCGACAGGAAUCAGCCGUGUUUUAACGUUCGGGUUUGUCAUGGUGACUGGUUUGUGGCUGUUCUUGCCAGUGUUUAAGGGGGGAAACAUAUUUGAGAGGAUUCUUGAAGAGUACGCAUAUGCAGGCGCGGUUGUAGCAGAGCUCAAGACCAUCAUCGCUUCUCUAAUUUUAAACACUUAAAAAGAUUUAAAACAAAUCUUGAGUAUUUUUUAUUGCAAUAACUCUUUCUUUGUUUUCUAUUGCUAUAAAAAAAUUCCAAAGUUGCUGCAUAAACCAUGCAUGAUUUAAGCAAAUAGUGGAAGUUUAUAAAACUAUAAUUUAAACAUUGCAAAACCAGAACCGUUGCAUUUGCUUCUCAAACGAGAAACUACCGAGCUCAUUAUCAAUCUUCCCCUGCAUCUCUACCAGAAGAGCUCGGAGUUUGAUGAUUUCAGUUUCCACCAUUGCUUGGCUCUGAAGCUUUCUAAGCAAGUGCUCAAUUAGAGAUUGCAGUCUCUUGACUUCGUCUUCAAGGUAUGCAGUCGUUUUCUUCUCUCUGGGCCUGGAGGGUUGCAACUACUACAUUCUCUUGGUCCCCGAUCCCAAACCUCCACUUCUUCAUCCAUCUUUACUUUGAUUGUUAUCUGAUCAAAAUUGGAAUAUGAAGAAGUGGGGAUAUUUAGGGUUUCAUUAUUAAAAGGAUGAUAGUGCUCAAGAAUAUGUUCCUGAUAAUGAAUUCCUCUUGACAGAGAACCAAAGCUAGAAACUUAUUGGAUUCCUCUUAAAUCGUUGAGCCAACAAAAGCUAUAUUUCAAAGUUGGAAGAUCCAAAUUCAAAGAAAGAUAAGAUUCUUGAUUUUGAGGUCAAUGGAACACAAACCGCAAGGAGAACAGAGCUGAUGAGGUUUACCUUGAGAUUACGAGGGAAUAAAACCUUUACUGGAAGAGACAUAAGCCAUUUACUGUGUCUUUACGCAAUUAAAAUAUUCCAACGAGAAAAAGAGAGAAAGAGAGAGAAUUGUUUCUUUUUUUUUUCUAAUUUCAACUAAAGUUUCAUCUGUAAUCUGAAAGGGUGAUUUUGCCAAUUCAACAGUCACACCUAGUUGAUGGAACAAUUUGAAUACAAUCUUAACCUUUUUUCUAAAUGCAGUCAUGUGCUUGUAAGGAUAACAUAGCAAGAGAACUGAGGGCAUCUCUAACCAUGACACCAAAUUUAAUGCUGAAAUUAUACUAAAUUUAUUGUUUUGGUGCCAAAUUCUUUUUGUCAUCUCCAACCAUUACACAAAAGAGCUGAGGACAUCCUUGAAUAUAUGUUAAAUACAUGAGAUUUUAGUCGAGAAAGCUGAGAAAAUCUGAUCUGAGACUAUUCAUAAUAGAACCCAUGUUUUUUUCUA